AUGGGCGGAGGUGGUAACGGUGACGACGGCGAUGACGGCGAGGACGGCGACUACGACGACGGGUGGAAUCCAGGAGGCGAAGGCGAACCGAGCACGAUGGGUCUCGGCAUCCUCCUCGUCGCCGGCGCCUGGGCGUUGUGGGAAUACAAAAGACCGGGCGGGAGUUUGAACCCGCAAACGAAAAUCGACCAGCAACGCGCGCGGUACGAGAAGGCUUUUAAAAAUAAAUACGGGUACUUUCCAGGGGAGGAACCUGCGAGGAGACUCGGGAGUAGUGGGAGCAGCUCGAUCACCUUCGGCGGGAGCGCGGCAGCCGCAGGAGGAGGAGGAGGAGGAGGAAGAGGAGCGAACGACGACGAAGAGUACGAAGACGAGGAAGACGACGACGACGACGACGACGACGACGACGACGACGAAUAA